CAUCAUUCUCAAGCAAUGCCAUAUAAUUAUUGAAGCACUCAUUCAAGAGUCUUUUACUUGUUAAUCAUGGUUUUCCUUGUUUCUCUCCUUGUUCUUUCCUUACUAGCUUCAAUCAAUUGUGAGGGUCCACCUUCUCCUGGCUACUAUCCUAGUUCUAGAGUUGAAUCCUUACAAUUUAGCCAAGGUUUUAGAAACUUAUGGGGUCCUCAACAUCAGUCACUCAACCAAGAUACCUUAACAAUUUGGCUUGAUCAUAACUCAGGCAGUGGCUUUAAAUCUCUACGAGAUUAUCGAUCUGGUUAUUUUGGCACAUCCGUCAAGCUACAACCUGGUUACACUGCUGGAAUUAUUACUUCUUUCUACCUUUCGAAUAGUGAAGACUAUCCAGGGCAUCAUGAUGAAAUUGAUAUUGAGUUCCUUGGAACGACGCCAGGUAAGCCAUAUGUGUUGCAAACAAAUGUAUACAUGAAAGGAAGUGGAGAUGGUCAUAUUAUUGGCAGAGAAAUGAAGUUUCACCUUUGGUUUGACCCAACUAAAGGUUUUCACAAUUAUGCUAUCCUUUGGGACCCCAAACAAAUUAUAUUUUUUGUUGACGAUGUUCCAAUCAGAAGGUACCCUAAGAAAAGUGAUGCAACAUUUCCACAAAGGCCAAUGUAUGUGUAUGGUUCGAUUUGGGAUGCUUCAUCAUGGGCUACCGAGGAUGGAAGGAUCAAAGCAGAUUAUAGGUACCAACCUUUUGUCGGAAGAUACAGUAAUUUCAAGAUAGGUGGUUGCACCACCAACGAUAAUCCUUCAUGCCGCCCGCCUUCUGGCUCUCCAUCGAGGGCUGGCGGGCUGAGCCGCCAGCAAAGUGAUGUCAUGGAAUGGGUGCAAAGAAACUAUAAAGUGUAUGAUUAUUGCCGUGACCCCCAAAGAGAUCGUACUCAAACACCUGAGUGCUAGAGAUAGAGAAAACAAAAUAACCAAUAUAUAUAAUUUUUUUUUGGAGUGUCUUGGGAUGGAACAUACUUGCCAUGAAUGUAAUGAAAAAGUAAUUGUAGCGUCCAAGCCUUCAAGGCUUAGGAGAUGUGGAAUUUUACUUAAUUUUCUUGAAAUUUGGAGGUAUAAUUUGAGCAUUUUUGUUCCAGUAAUAGAUUUGUCUUUACGUUGCCAAUAUUCAUAUUGUAUUUUUG